UUGAUUUGUUUAUUGAUAAUGUGCCAGGCACUAUAGUUGGCUCUGGGAGUUCAAGGAUGAACUAGUUUCAUGUUCUCAAACUUUCAGUCUGUCCGUAUUCUCUGGCAUCUAAGUUGUUUUUAUUUCCUGGAAUUUUAUAGUGUGCUUUCAUUAAAUACUUAUAAUUUGGUUUUGCAACAUAUCAAGAAAAGCCCUUCUAAAAAUCUAGAUCAUUUGAAACCUGUGAUACUAAGAAGCCAAGAAGGUUCUCAAUGGAAGUCUUUAGGUACUGGUUUAUAGUAGGUCUUUGGAAAGGAGCCCCUCUCUCUUCCACUGCAGGUUAGAACUUGUUCCCUAGGCCAAAAAUGCCAGAGGUCCCCUGCAUCCUCUCGCCCCGUCGUCACACCCCCAGCUUCUCAACCCUGGAUAUUUUCCUUUGUCAUCCAGGACACUUGUCCCUUUCUGUCAGUAGGGAUCAGAAAACAAGGAUUUGUUCUCUGAUACCCAGGACUUGACAUCAUGCAGGCACUCAGUGUGAAAUGAAUAAAUGCAUCUCAUGAAGGGCGAUUUCCAAGCCUCAUCUCCAGCACUUUCCUUUUAUUGCCUUUCUGUCUCCGUCUCUUCCACAUGGUGAUGUAAGCUGUAUGACUGCAGGGACCUUGUCUGAAUUUUCAUCCUUAUAACUUUAGUGCUUAGCUCAGUGUCUGGUCAAUAGGUACUCAAUAAAUAUUUGUUUUAUUAGAGAAGCCUGUGUAGGUUGGGGUGGGGACAACUGGCUGUAACUUUUGGUCACCUUCCCAUUGCUGCCGCAGCAGAGUGGAAGGGAAGGAAGUAUUCACUUGAACCUCAGCACAACCUUGUCUCAGCAUUCAGAGGACAAUUAAACAGCAGCUGGUGUCUAGAAUUUCUGUAAUAAAGUAUUUUACUAUUCUUUCUUACACAAAUGUUUUGAGGUCACAUUCACUUAUACACACACCCUUCCUGUAUGUCAGGAUGGCCUGUAGAAUGUGUUUAGUGCUCUGAUCGAGUAUAGUAGGAUGCCAUGCCAGCAGAAGGGAAUAUGCAUUCUGGCUUCAGAGGGUGUGUGGUAUGUGGGGAUGUUCUGGAAAAGCUUCUUUGAGUAUUUUCACACCUCUGAAUAGAAUCUUUAAGGUUGAGUGGGAGAUAAGAGAGGAAAAGCUAGGAUGGUGGAGGGCAAGAUGGGUAGGCCAAAGCAGCAGGAGAGGUGGCCGGACAAAGAAGCAGGGGCCACAUUAUGAAGGGCCUUUGGAUUUUAUGCUGAGGCAUGAGGAGCCAUGGAAUGUUACUAAAUUUAAAUGGUUUGGGGUUUUGUUUUUAAGCAUUGUCAAUGUUGUAGAGGGUGGAUUGGAGGUAGACAGGGUUGGAAGUAAGAAUAGCUAAGAAGAUGUUGUUCUAAUGCAGAUGAGAAAUGGUAAGACACAGCCAAUGAACACAGCAAGAAUCGGGCAGAUCCAGAAGAAAGUUGGAAGGCCCGAUGAGAGAAAGGGAAAGUUAAGGAUGCUGGAGCAGAACAAUGGAUUUCUCUUUCUCUUUCAUGCAAGGGAUCAUGGGAAACACAAUUCAGCAACCACCUCAACUCAUUGACUCCGCCAACAUCCGUCAGGAGGAUGCCUUUGAUAACAACAGUGACAUUGCUGAAGAUGGUGGCCAAACACCAUAUGAAGCUACCUUGCAGCAAGGCUUUCAGUACCCAGCUACAACAGAAGAUCUUCCUCCACUCACAAAUGGGUAUCCAUCAUCAAUCAGUGUGUAUGAAACUCAAACCAAAUACCAGUCAUAUAGUCAGUAUCCUAAUGGGUCAGCCAAUGGCUUUGGUGCAGCUAGAAACUUUAGCCCCACUGACUAUUACCAUUCAGAAAUUCCAAACACAAGACCACAUGAAAUUCUGGAAAAACCUUCCCCUCCACAGCCACCACCUCCUCCUUCGGUACCACAAACUGUGAUUCCAAAGAAGACUGGCUCACCUGAAAUUAAACUAAAAAUAACCAAAACUAUCCAGAAUGGCAGGGAAUUGUUUGAGUCUUCCCUUUGUGGAGACCUUUUAAAUGAAGUACAGGCAAGUGAGCACACGAAGUCAAAGCAUGAAAGCAGAAAAGAAAAGAGGAAAAAAAGCAACAAGCAUGACUCAUCGAGAUCUGAAGAGCGCAAGUCACACAAAAUCCCCAAAUUAGAACCAGAGGAACAAAAUAGACCAAAUGAGAGGGUUGACACUGUAUCAGAAAAACCAAGGGAAGAUCCAGUACUAAAAGAGGAAGCCCCAGUUCAGCCAAUACUAUCUUCUGUUCCAACAACAGAAGUGUCCACUGGUGUUAAGUUUCAGGUUGGCGAUCUUGUGUGGUCCAAGGUGGGAACCUAUCCUUGGUGGCCUUGUAUGGUUUCAAGUGAUCCCCAGCUUGAGGUUCAUACCAAAAUUAACACAAGAGGUGCCCGAGAAUAUCAUGUCCAGUUUUUUAGCAACCAGCCAGAAAGGGCAUGGGUUCAUGAAAAACGGGUACGGGAGUAUAAAGGUCAUAAACAGUAUGAAGAAUUACUGGCUGAGGCAACCAAACAAGCCAGCAAUCACUCUGAGAAACAAAAGAUUCGGAAACCCCGACCUCAGAGAGAACGUGCUCAGUGGGAUAUUGGUAUUGCCCAUGCAGAGAAAGCAUUGAAAAUGACUCGAGAAGAAAGGAUAGAACAGUAUACUUUUAUCUAUAUUGAUAAACAGCCUGAAGAGGCUUUAUCCCAAGCAAAAAAGAAUGUUGCCUCCAAAACCGAAGUUAAAAAAACCCGACGACCAAGAUCUGUGCUGAAUACUCAGCCAGAACAGACCAGUGCAGGGGAGGUGGCCUCCUCACUCUCAAGUACUGAAAUUCGGAGACACAGCCAGAGGCGGCACACAAGUGCGGAAGAGGAAGAGCCACCUCCUGUUAAAAUAGCCUGGAAAACUGCGGCAGCAAGGAAAUCCUUACCAGCUUCCAUUACGAUGCACAAAGGGAGCCUGGAUUUGCAGAAGUGUAACAUGUCUCCAGUUGUGAAAAUUGAACAAGUGUUUGCUCUUCAGAAUGCUACAGGGGAUGGGAAAUUUAUCGAUCAAUUUGUUUAUUCAACAAAGGGAAUUGGUAACAAAACAGAAAUAAGUGUCAGGGGGCAAGACAGGCUUAUAAUUUCUACACCAAACCAGAGAAGUGAAAAGCCAACGCAGAGUAUAUCAUCUCCUGAAGCAACAUCUGGUUCUGCAGGCUCAGUAGAAAAGAAGCAACAGAGAAGAUCAAUUAGAACUCGUUCUGAAUCAGAGAAAUCCACUGAGGUUGUGCCAAAGAAGAAGAUCAAAAAGGAGCAGGUUGAAACAGUUCCUCAGGCUACAGUGAAGACUGGAUUACAGAAAGGUGCCAGCGAGAUUUCAGAUUCCUGUAAACCUCUAAAGAAAAGGAGUCGCGCCUCAACUGAUGUAGAAAUGACUAGUUCAGCAUACAGAGACACAUCUGACUCCGAUUCUAGAGGACUGAGUGACCUGCAGGUAGGCUUUGGAAAGCAAGUAGAUAGCCCUUCAGCUACUGCAGAUGCAGACGUUUCUGAUGUGCAGUCCAUGGAUUCAAGUUUGUCGAGAAGAGGCACUGGAAUGAGUAAGAAGGACACUGUAUGUCAGAUUUGUGAAAACUCUGGUGACUCUCUGAUUCCUUGUGAGGGAGAGUGCUGCAAACACUUUCACCUGGAGUGCCUGGGAUUGACAUCACUCCCUGAUAGCAAGUUCGUCUGCAUGGAAUGUAAAACCGGGCAGCACCCAUGUUUCUCGUGUAAAGUGUCUGGUAAAGAUGUGAAGCGUUGUUCUGUUGGUGCUUGUGGGAAAUUUUAUCAUGAAGCCUGUGUCCGCAAAUUCCCCACUGCCAUCUUUGAAUCAAAAGGAUUCCGCUGUCCUCAGCACUGCUGCUCUGCCUGCUCUAUGGAGAAAGAUAUCCACAAAGCAAGUAAAGGCCGCAUGAUGAGAUGUUUGAGAUGUCCAGUUGCCUAUCACUCUGGAGAUGCUUGCAUUGCGGCUGGAAGCAUGUUAGUAUCCUCCUACGUUCUCAUCUGUAGUAAUCAUUCCAAACGGAGCAGUAAUUCUUCUUCUGCUGUAAAUGUAGGCUUUUGUUUCGUUUGUGCCAGAGGGCUGAUAGUUCAGGACCAUUCAGACCCCAUGUUCAGUUCAUAUGCCUAUAAGUCCCACUAUCUACUGAAUGAAUCAAAUCGUGCUGAGUUGAUGAAAUUACCUAUGAUUCCUUCUUCGUCAGCUUCCAAAAAGAAAUGUGAGAAAGUUAUUAAGACUGUUUAUUUGUUUCAAGGUGGAAGAUUGCUCUGCUGCGAAUCAUGCCCAGCUUCCUUCCACCCGGAAUGCCUGAGUAUAGAAAUGCCAGAAGGCUGCUGGAAUUGUAAUGACUGUAAAGCUGGCAAGAAACUACAUUACAAGCAGAUUGUUUGGGUCAAAUUGGGAAAUUACAGAUGGUGGCCAGCAGAGAUCUGCAACCCCAGGUCUGUGCCACUGAACAUCCAGGGCCUUAAACAUGACUUGGGGGACUUCCCUGUGUUCUUCUUUGGUUCUCAUGACUACUACUGGGUACACCAGGGCAGAGUGUUCCCUUAUGUUGAAGGAGACAAAAGCUUUGCUGAGGGGCAGACUAGUAUUAACAAGACCUUCAAAAAAGCACUGGAAGAAGCUGCAAAACGUUUCCAGGAAUUGAAAGCACAAAGAGAGAGUAAAGAAGCCCUAGAGAUUGAAAAAAACUCAAGAAAACCCCCUCCCUACAAACACAUCAAAGCUAACAAAGUAAUAGGAAAGGUGCAGAUCCAGGUUGCUGACCUGUCAGAGAUUCCCCGCUGUAACUGCAAGCCAGCUGAUGAAAACCCUUGUGGCUUGGAAUCAGAGUGCCUGAACAGAAUGUUGCAGUACGAAUGCCACCCACAGGUGUGCCCAGCUGGAGAUCGUUGUCAGAACCAGUGCUUUACAAAGAGACUGUACCCUGAUGCAGAGAUCAUCAAAACAGAGCGGAGAGGCUGGGGCCUCAGGACCAAAAGGAGCAUUAAGAAGGGUGAAUUUGUAAAUGAAUACGUCGGUGAAUUAAUUGAUGAAGAAGAAUGCAGAUUGCGAAUCAAGCGAGCCCACGAGAACAGUGUAACUAAUUUUUAUAUGUUAACUGUUACCAAGGAUCGUAUAAUUGAUGCCGGCCCCAAAGGAAAUUAUUCUCGCUUCAUGAACCACAGUUGUAAUCCCAACUGUGAAACACAAAAGUGGACAGUGAAUGGAGAUGUUCGAGUGGGACUGUUUGCUCUCUGUGAUAUUCCUGCAGGGAUGGAGUUAACAUUUAAUUAUAACCUAGAUUGUCUGGGCAACGGCAGAACGGAGUGCCACUGUGGGGCAGAUAACUGCAGUGGUUUUCUAGGAGUGCGGCCAAAGUCGGCAUGUGCGUCAACAACUGAAGAGAAGGCAAAAAAUGCUAAGUUAAAACAGAAGAGACGAAAGAUCAAAACAGAACCAAAGCAGAUGCAUGAAGAUUACUGUUUUCAAUGUGGAGAUGGUGGAGAGCUGGUCAUGUGUGACAAAAAAGACUGUCCCAAAGCAUACCACCUCCUAUGCCUUAACCUGACUCAGCCACCAUAUGGAAAGUGGGAGUGUCCGUGGCAUCAGUGCGAUGAGUGCAGCAGUGCAGCUGUUUCCUUCUGUGAGUUCUGUCCACAUUCAUUUUGUAAAGAUCAUGAAAAGGGGGCCCUGGUUCCCUCCGCACUGGAAGGCCGCCUCUGCUGCUCGGAACAUGACCCCAUGGCUCCUGUGUCACCAGAAUACUGGAGCAAGAUAAAAUGUAAAUGGGAAUCACAGGAUCAUGGAGAAGAAGUAAAAGAAUAAAUGUGUGGUGUCCCCUCCUUUCUAUUUACGUGAAAAAAAGCAAAUAGAUCAUGCAUUUAAAAAGAAGAGACUGCUACAGUGCAUACAGCCUUUGCCAUCGGAACUGCCUUAUUAAAGCCAAAAUGGGAAACCAGUUCAUGCAGGCAGAAGCAGUUGGUGGUGUCUGGUUUUUCUGUUUUGUUUGGUUGGUUUGGGGAUUCUUUUGUGGAGGGUUAAAUUCCCUUGGUCUUUUCUUGCCUUUUAUUGUGCUUCAAUGCCAUUGCAGCUUGAAAAAGAAAUGUUUUUGCUUUUAAAAUAAGAACAAAGAGAAAAGAAAGUUGUGUUAAUGAGAUAAAUUUAAAGUCUAAGAUGUGUUCCUUGGUUGUAUAAAGCAAAAGUAGCCAUCAUUCCUUUAUUUAUUUUCAUUUUUAGGAAUUUCAAGAAGUGUAGUUCAAUAGUCUAAUCAAGUGUGUGUGUGUGUUAAGUAGGAAUCUGAGAAAGCCCUCUAGGAAAGGGUGUGAUAAGCUUUAUAUACCUCUUUACUGAGCAGUAGGUAGGCUCACUUCUCUUUCCCUUCAGAAUGCUUUUCAUAGACUUAGAGAAGGGCUCUAUGGAAGUAUUAAAUCUGGCCUCUUAAAAACAAUGCCUCGGUGGAUUUUACCUCUGUGUUCUUAAACAAGGUGGGCUUUGUACUAUGGUAACUUUACCUUAUAGAAAGGUAUAUGGUGUGUUUCCUUGGUGGAAGGAAAAAGAGGAAUGGAUGUGCUCACUGAUUUUUGAAGCGUUCUCCAUUGACAGGGAUGGUUUGGAUUUUGGAUGAAGUGCGUUUCUGUGGAUAUGAAGCAUAGUUGGAAUGGUCACGCCUGUUUUCCUGACACUGAUAAAGGCAGCUAAAGGGGGAUGAAGGCACAAACCAAAAGUUGUAUCAUAUAAGCACCAUUUUCUGUCCAAUUUUAUUGUAGACCCUGGUCUAAAUUGGAAAGAAUUACAGGCAUUUUAUUUUUUGUCUCUGUUUUCCUCUCCUACUCAAACAUUUCUUUUGUCACCUGACCAUUCAGUCAUGUUUCCUGGUAAAACCACACAAGUGAGUUUGAAUUGUAUUUGAACAGAUCUUUUUGGUUGAGUUCCUAAUUUAGGGGGUGAAAGUUAUAGGGGCAUCCCCAGGUUACAUGUAAAGAAUUUCUAUUAUUAUCCAGUACUUAAGAUUGCUCCCAUUGAGUAAGGGGAAGAACUUCUACUUUUACAGGGUACAUAAGAGCCACACAAACACACUUCAUCUUAGGAAGCACUUGGAGAAAACUCUCAAGAAAGUCAGUGUUAGCAAAAAUGGUUGACGGUGACGCUUGACUCUUAUAGACGCGAGUAUACCAAGAUGUCUGCUCACCAAACUCACUUGGCUUUUAAUGCUUAGGAAUAUCUAUAUUCCAGUAUUCCUUGUAUGAAAUAAUUAGUAAUGUCAGACAUUGUUGUAACACUGUACUAAGUAGAAGUCUAGGGUUAGCUUGAAUGAACGUUAACUUUCUCUGUGAAUUUUGACUGCUUACAAUUGCUGGUACCUGGUUAGCAUUUAUUUUCCCUCAAGUACCUAGUAACCUUAUGAAGGUAGGGAGGGUAGAUGCUCUACCACAUUCCUUUCAGCUGUACUGAGUGUUCCAUUUGCUUAUCAAUUUAGAGCUCUUCUAUGGAAAGAGGGUGAAAAGCUGUUUUGUGCCUCUUUUUUUUGUAUGUAAAUGUGCAAUUAUACUGGAUUUUCUCUUGUAAAAAACAACACUACAAUUCUUUUACUGAAGCUCCUAAACUGCCAUUUGCCUGACUCCAGCAAUUAAUUCUGCGGUGACUCAUUGGGCUUCCAAUACUUCUGUUGAUUAGAUAUGGUCCCAAAAGAGCAAAAUGGAAAAUGCAAUCCAUGUCACCAAAUAUAAUUGCUACAAGUAAGAUGAAAUACAGCUCACCAAAACACUAAACUUUGCUCUUGAGCAAUUAUAGAGUUUGAU